CCAGGAUGUAUCGGACUGAAAACGCAGCUAUUUUCGUCCUUGCCAAGCCUUGGUUACGCUAGACAUAUCGCCUCCCUCUCGGAUCGUCCUCCCAGUGCCAUCGUUGUGCGCCAACGAGGAGCCUGCCACCCUGCUGUUGUAUCCAUCACUAACGCCAUCGUUCACCCGUCCCUCCGGGGCCAGCUUCUUGUCGUCCUCGGUAUCGAGUCUCAGCCUCAAUCCCCAACAUUUUAAUCCACGCAAUCAUGUCGCUUAUGCAAGCGACUGGCGCUGGCGAACCCAAUGAGGUACGCGUUACCCCCACGGCUACCUCGCCCACAGCAGACGCUAUAUCCAACACUGGGAAGGACGAGCAGAUGGCGCCCUCACUUUCCCGAUUUCAGACCGCAGUAACUGCUCUUUGUAUCGCCGCCAACAGUUUGACCGCUGGUAGCAUGUUCUGCUUUCCCCUCAUCGGGCCGUCUCUCAUGGCAGAUCUAUCCCUAAGUCUCAAGCAGACCAACACCAUUUGGGUUGGUGCAGUUAUGGGCGAGUACAUCACCGCCGCCUUUUGGGGCGCACUGGCAGAUGCAUUCGGCCCACGCCCGCUGUCCGCCGCCGCAGCUGUGCUCUUUGGCGUCGGGUACAGUCUAAUGGCGCAUGGUGACGCCACCGCUGUGAAACUCAACCGGGCACAGCAGCAUCAGAGGAAACUUGCGGGAAUGGUCGCCACACCGUACCAGACGAGCUCCUCCCUGGGAUUCGUCCCCAUGACGUUCGCUUUCGUCUUAGUUGGAGCCGGUGUCUCUGCCAGUUACUUUUCGGCGGUUACCGCCUCGACACGCCUGUUUCCAUCCCACCCUGGGCUAGCCAUCUCCCUUCCCCUGACCCUCUUCUCUCUAUCCUCACUCUUUCUGACGUCUAUCGGCUCGCACUUCUUUAUCGACGCGACGACCGGCGAUUUAAGCGCCGCAACCUUUCUUACCUUCCUAGCGGUCCUGUUGACCAUCACCAAUGGCGUCAGCACUUUCUUCAUGCUUGCACCCGAGGUCAAGCCAUCGCAGGCUGAGGGCGUCAAGAAGAAGCGUGUGACCGUGCAAGACCGAGCAGUGUCAAUGUUAGCCGACGAGAGGUUACCCCUUUUGUCUACCAACGCAGAUUCGGAUCUCGAGGAGAAUAGCGGCGCCGACCAGGCGAGGAGUACCGCGAAUGUCGGGGCAUCCAGCAGCAGUAUAUCACUUGUGCCGAGGUCCGCCUCAUUGCGCGACUUCCUCGCCACCCCGUCAGUCUGGAUCUUGGCAUUACUCAUGUUCACCGCUGUCGGAGGUGCGGAAAUGGUCAUGAGUAGCGUGGGGAGUAUGGUCGUCUCCCUCCUUGGGGGCGGGAUCGUCACACCUUCACAUGGAGCUACCGGAAGCGCCGUGACAUCAGCUGAUGAAAACUCGCCAGAUCUUCCGGCAAUGAAUCACGAAGCUCUCCGAUGGAGGAGCAUGCAAGUGCAGCUGCUCGCGACAGCCAACACACUCUCUCGUCUUGUUUCUGGCCUCGUAACCGACUUUCUCUCGCCAAGUCGACCAAAAGCUCCUCCACUUUCUGACACAAGCGACGUCAGCGCUACACGCCGAAUUCUGCACUUCGUAGGAAAUAUUCGCGUGUCGCGAAUGACAAUCCUGCUCACCUCCACCACAUUACUGACAGCAGCUUUCGCAUUUUCCGCCUUGGCGCUGAGUACGCUCCAUGAACUCGUCGGCGUGAGCCUGCUUGUCGGCAUCGGGUACGGCUUCACCUUCACCCAGGUGCCCUCCAUCGUAGCAAACGCUUAUGGCCUGCGCACCUUUGGUCGCUCUUGGGGAUUACUCACCUACUCGUGCGCUGCAGGAAGCCUUGGCUUCUCCUUGCUCUACGCUGUCGUCUCUGACGUUGUAGGCGAAGACCCUGCACGUCAGGAUGGAACUCACGUCCCAUUGGGCGUAUGUUUGCAUGGCCGAAGCUGUUUCCAACUAAGCUUUGCCCUAGCCGCUACUGGGACAGCUGCAGCGACGCUCCUGGCAGUACCUCUAUGGAGGAGAUGGCGAACUUAUCUCUAGGCGUGACUAUUCUUUCUUAAUGCGCUCUUUCAUCUACUUCAUGGACUCUUGCAAUGUACUUUUAGGUCUGCACGCAUGCACCCAUGCCAUCUGUAG